AUGGGGUCGAUCUGCCGCCGUUCAUGUGAGGACUGGGCCGGGUCCCUACCAGCCAGCGGCAAGGUCUUCCCUACUGAGGUGUUUCCUUUGAGACCGGUUUCCCAUGGAAGUACUUCACAUAAUUACCGCGUGGAAGGGUCUUGGCGUAGGUACCCUCCAAUUAUCUACAGAAAAUCUAUCUAUCUAUCUAUCUAUCUCAGUUUGUUCAUAUCUGUUUUCUCUCUCUCUCUCUCUCUCUCUCUCUAUCUAUCUAUCUAUCUAUCAAUUCCGUGCAUCUCUAUCAAAUUGCCUAUACCUGUUAUAAUCUAUCUAUCUAUCUAUCUAUCUAUCUAUCUAUCUAUCUAUCUAUCUAUCUAUCUACGUCAUAGUACGUCAUAUUCUCGUCCUAAUUUUGCUUAUAUCUCUUCAUGUCAUGUGUUUUUAUCUUUAUUCAAUCUAUUAAUUUUUUAUAAGCAUUUCAAUUUAUCAAAACUUAUUCGCGAUACACUUCUAUCUAUCUAUCUAUCUAUCUAUCUAUCUAUCUAA